GCAAUGACGCAGCUAGUGAGGUUAUAACCGAGGCGCGUCAAUUGCUGGUUGAAAACUAUUUCCAAACCCCCUCUUUGGCCGGGGUUUGACCCUGCGCCAUCGAGAAUUUCUUGAAGGGCUCCCUCUAACCCAGGAGACGGUUUUCUUGGUCUAAGCUAGAGGUUCGUGGGACGGCGUUAUUUCAGUGGGCGGAAACGGUGGGUCUUCUUCAUAGGAGACCGGAUUUCGCCGAAUUCCGACGUUGUUUAUGUUACAGAACACGUCAGAUUUACUCCAUUGUUUCUGAAGCUGAAACAGGGAACGCCGGUGCCCCCGUCACAAUGCGGUGGUCAGGUGAUGGAAGGGAAGCGAAGCGUGUUCCCUGUCUUGUUUGAUUCAGGCGACCCGUCAACCAUUUACUUUCCAAAGUUCCGAUCUCACUAUAUGGUAAUGUGCAUUCAUCUCAUCUCUCUUGACGGAGCGAGGGCGAAGCGUCGGGUCUCACGUCGAACCGGCGCAGCUUUGGUCACCUCCCCCGCGAGGGCCUCGCAUCUCUCAUUUCGAAGCCUCAGAAAUCGUCACUCAUGUCUUCUUCUUGCUUAUUGCGCUCGUACCUUCGUCUCCGCCUCUUCUCGCUCCUCAGGAGGAGUGGACCGACGACGGCUGCUGUCCAUCCUUUCGCGCCUCACCGGUCUGCGCGCCCGCAUGUGCCAUAUGCCGCCGUGCGUCAGCUGCCAAUUCUGUUUCGGUGCGGUCGAUUUCGAUUGCAGCAUGCUAUUGCCGCCUCUUCUCUAAUCUUUGACAUGCGUUGUAUAUAGAUAUUAUGUUUGCAUCGUUGAAGUAGCUGCAGAGCCGAUAUCAGUGGCCGCCCUUCACAGUCAUCCAUGAGCGCCGUCAGCGAUCGAUUCUUUUGAGGUCAAUGUCAUCGAACGCGAAUGCUGAAGAAGCUGUAAUGCCGAGAUCAGUGGCCGUCACCGUCGCCCAUGAACUCCUUACAGCUGGACAUCGUUACCUUGAUGUCAGGACUGUGAAGGAGUUCAGUGGUGGGCAUGCUGUUGGAGCUGUAAACAUUCCUUACAUGUUGGAGUCUGUCUCUGGGUUGUUUAAGCGGAAAACGGUCACUGAUGGCUGCAUCAGAGCUUUCAAAUGCUGGUUUUACAGGCAUCACAGAUGUUGCAGGUGGUUUUUCAGCAUGGGUGGAGAAUGGACUUCCGACAGAGCAGAAAGAGCCUGUUAGACAAUCCACAUGCUUUCUUUAGGUCUGAAUGGUACUCUUUUCCUUUCUGAUCCAGUGUUGUUUGGUAGCAUCGCAAAGGCGAGCAGGGUAAUAAAUGAGGUCUAGCCAGUGAUGAUUAAACAAAAAUGAACAAAUAAAUGCGUAUAUGUGAAAAAUUCAUCAUCAUCAAAUUCAUUCAAGCUUGUAAAUGUGCCAAGCACCCUCAUCAACUUUAGAUGUAUUUGUUGUGCUUGUUAUAGUUGUUUGGAUUGUUUUAAGAUUCUGCAUGAUUGACAAGUUCACUAUGCUCAGUUACAUGUUGGUAAUCUUGCAAUGUUUCAGAAGUUGAUUCGAGGUGCAGAUCGAAUACCGGUAUCAUAACAUAUAGCUUGGUACAGUUCAACCUCAUUUACUUCUUUUGGUUAUUGUAUUCAAUCAUAUCAUAUGCAACAAGUUGAUACUCUCAGGUGUAUUAGUAUCUGAUGGUUGAUCACAUUAGAUGGUUGCUUUAUGUUAUAGAAAAUGGAAGGAAAACAAUAUAUCGAUAUGGGAAUCUUUUGCCGACUACCUUUACAUGCUUCAAUGCCAUGCUUUGAUGUUUACCUGCUUUUAUUUGUGUUCACUUGAUCCUCUUCAACCAUUUCUUGUGAUCUGUUUCUUGCAUCACAUUUGAUAGUUUUCUCGUACAGAAAUUUGGAUGGCAUAAGACCUCCUGCAGCAAGUCGAGGAGGAGGCGUUGAUCAAUGGAGCUGCAGCUUUCACUUUGGCUGAUAACCAGUAAAGCUUCCUACAAUAACCAUGAGGAUAGAUGAGGUUACAUUUGGAGAAGAAGAAGAAGAAACUAAGCAGUUGUAGCAGCAACUCGCUCGAGUGGAAGAAAGCUGAAGGGAUGAAAGAGUACUAAGAUAUUGGCACGGCUCAAUCAGAGAACAAAGCAUGAGGACUUUGCAUUGCUUGAGUCGUGCAUGCACUCUGAGUGAGCCGGGCCGACAUCAUAGUAACUAUCUCAAGGUGAUGUUAUCCUCAUCCAUUGUUACUGCACAAGCAUGCCUUCUCUUCUGUCCCUACCGGGAGAGCUGGAAGAAGAAAAAGGAGGAAGUUUCUCUUCUCUGCAGAGAAGAUGGAGGCUUUAGACAUGGAGAGCAUGCAGAGGAAGAGAGAGAGAGGGAGAGGGGGGCGAGAGGUGGUGGAGGAAAGGACUCAUGCGUCGGAAUUUAAGGAGGUUGAAGGGGUGGGGGUGGCAUUUAAGUCUCCCGACAACCCGAGGAGGAAGACAGGCUGCAGCAUUAAUAGUAAACCUCUCUCUCUCUCUCUCUCUCUCAUAUAUGCAUCCAAAUGGUACAUGAAGUUCUCACUUCAACAGCUUUUGAGAUUUAGCUUCUUCAGAAACCAAGUGCUGCCGUCUGAUCAGCGAAGGCCACUACAAAUACAAAUAUUAUGGUGAAAAUGAGGGACAAAGAGCAUGUAAUGAUGUUGAUGCUACUGAAUGAUGAAAUUAAAAUUGAUGCCAUUACCUCGUGCAUUAAUUACUUCGAA